AUGAGUCCUACAUGCUUGGCGAUAGAAGUUUGCAACUGGCGCCUUGAUCGUUUGACGGGGCUGCAAAAAGCUGCGUUGGAGAGAUCCUUCUUGACGAGCCUGUGCCUCCAGAACUUGCUCCUUGUUGCGGUGGCAGCGGCUGCGCUGGUCGCUACAGGCAUUUCAAGCCGUGUUCAGGGAGGCUCUGAGGUUUGCAGUCGUGGGAAAGCUCUUGAUGUCCCGAGCCAUUCGAAUUGCAUUUUUCUCGAAAGAAAGUUUCUGGAUCGCUUUCGGUGUGGUCAGCAUGCCAAGGCGUCGCCUUUGCCUGCACAGGACAUCUACGAAGAGCAGAAGACGUGCUUGGACUCCUUCCAUGCAUUGCUUGAGGGCACAGACUACAUCAGCACCUUGGAUGGCACAUCGAUCUUGACCUUUCCGCAGCCCUGGCAGCCCGGCAGAAGGCGCGACAACACCGGGUUCAAGAUCAUGAAAGGCAAGGGUGGCGACGGCGACUUCGAUGAGCUUAGUGCAGAGUUGGCAGCCGAGUUUACCCAGAGCCGGCUGCCUCGAAUGCAGGAGAAGAACGAGAAGAAUGAGCCGGGGAGCCCUGGGACCGCUGGAGGACGGAGUUCUGUUGGACGUACUUCGCGGCAGCCCAUCCACAAUGCCCGAAUGCAGGCCUUCAUGCGGACCUCCCGCCAGUUCUCACGGACGGCUUUGGUCGAGGCCACAAGCCUGGGCUUGGGCGGCGAGUGUCCGAAGUGCCAGGAGUCGCGAACGCUCGGGAUCCCGAAAGCGGGUGCCUGCGAGCAUGGGGCGUCCAAGGAGGUGAGCCAAAAUCCUACCAUGGGCAACACCAACGCGAUAAACGUCCGCGACCUCAUCAGCUCUCGAGGUACGGCAGACUCCGCGAUGUUUGCGCGAGGUUCCAUAUGGGAGAAGCUCUUCGCAGAAGAGGAGUACUCCGCCUUUGGGGAAGACCAUCACCAUCACCAGGACCACCACAGCCUCUGGAUCCACAUCAGAUACUGGUGUUACCGUGUGGCGUCGAAGAAGAUCUUUGACUACAUCAUGGGUGUCAUCAUUCUGGCGAAUGCCGUGUCUGUCGGCCUUGAGGUCCAGUAUUCGCUGCAGAGCGGGGAGGACACAGGCUGGAUGUACUGGCUGGAUUUUUCCUUUGUGAUGAUCUACAUUCUGGAGUUUCUGGUCCGUUUGCUUGCAUGGGGUCUGCGCAAGUGCUUCAGCGAUCCUUGGUGUCUGCUCGACUUCGCCCUGGUCUGUGUGGGGGUGCUCAGCCUCAUUGCCCAACCUCUGGGUCUUCAGGUGAAGGAGCUCGAGUCGCUGCUGGUCGUUCGCUCGCUGCGGCUCGUGCGCCUCAUUCGUGCCCUGCGCUUGCUGAAGCAAUUUCGGACCGUCUGGAGGCUCGUGAACGGCCUGCUGACCUCUGCGAAUGCAAUGGUUUCGACGCUGGUGCUGGUGGUCCUAACGCUGUAUAUCGCCGCCUGCCUAGGCAUCGAAAUCAUCACCAAGGAUACCGACCUCAACCAGAUGCAUACGGAGACGGGAGACAUUGUGGGCAAAUACUUCGGAACUCUGCCCAGCACGCUCCUAACUCUGGCAUCGUUCGUCACAUUGGACUCUGUGGCUCCGAUCUACUUUCCUCUCAUCCUCCACAAACCCUUACUGGGUUUGUAUUUCUUCUUUAUCAUCCUGUUCGUGUCUAUCGCUCUCAUGAACUUGGUGACGGCCGUGCUGGUUGAAGGUGCGCUGGAGAAUGCCUCGGCUGACAAAGAGCUGGAGAAGCUCGACCUACAGGAGAAGCUGAAGAGCCAGAUGCCGCGGCUUCUGCAGAUCUUCAAGGAUAUCGACAAGGACGGCUCCGGCACGUUGACCAUGGAAGAGAUGGCCAUGGUACCUGUGGAUGUCAUUCCUGCAGAGCUGCGCACCAAGAGCCGAGUGUCUUCAAUGCAGGAGGUGUUCGAGAUGCUGGAUGUGGACGGUGGAGGGGAGCUAACCAGAGAAGAGUUCGUUGAUGGCCUGCUGAACUUGUUCAUGCAAGACGUGCCGGUCGCCACAAUUCAGACUCUGCGACUGCUUCGAUCAGUCGACGCCCGGGUUUGGCGAUUGGGCGAGGAGCUCUGUGACGUCCGUGUUUUGGUCCAGGGCCACACGCCCCGACGGCGCCAAAACAGGUGA